UAAAUUCAUUCGUCCCGUUUUCUGUCUGAUUUGUGGAAUGUGCCUAGAAACUCACACACACAUGGCGGUCUCCAAUCACCGCCUUCAUCCCAGCGAUGAGGAAUAUGAAGAGUAUAGCCAUAUGUUGAGAGGCAUCAAAACCACCGAUGAUCUCCACAGGACCUAUAAACCCGAGGAAAUACCUCCGAAACCAACUUCCAUCUUGAGAAACAGACAAACCGAAGUUUCUUUCAAUCAAAACGAUGACAAAGCUGCUGCAGAAUGUAAUCACAACACUGGCAAACACAUAAAGUUGCAGCCUGUCGACGUUAGCACAAUCAUAGGACCAAGCUAUAGUAUAUUGGAUUUAACUUUAAACUGGGAACUGAGACGAGAUGUAGGUUCUACAACAACCAUCAAAGCCGUUCAGGAGCUCUACUCCUGUAAGAGAUCCUUAAGCAGCUCAAGCCUCGAGGAAAGCCCACAAACGGGUGUGGCGAAUGAUAAACGCAUUGCCUCCGGGCGAAGUAACUGGUUAAAAUGUAGUAAAUAUUCGAAUAGCGAGUGCAAGGAGAAUAAGUGCAAAGCUGCUUGUAAGCGCAAAAAGGCAUGUUAUGCCACCGUUAGCUAUGCGGACCCAGAGCAAAGCUAUGCCGAAUCAGAACGAAACCAGUACUAUCCCGAGUCGCAACAAAGCCAGGUCUAUCCUCAGUCGGAACAAAGCCAGGUCUAUCCCCAGUCGGAACAAAGCCAGGUCUAUCCCCAGUCGCAACAAAGCCAGGUCUAUCCUCAGUCGGAACAAAGCCAGGUCUACCCCAAGUCGGAGCAAAGCCAGGUCUACCCCGAGUCGGAACAAAGCCAAGUCUAUGCUAAAGAGGAAAAAAGCUGUAGCUUUCACGAAUCGAAACCAAACCAUGGCUCCCCCAAAUUGAAACAAAAUCCUGUCUAUCCCGAAUCGCAAGAAAACUCUUACUACCCCGAGUCGGAAGCAUGUCAUAGGUCGCCCAAUCGUGUGUCACCAAAGCAAGGCUCAUCCAAAUUCCAGCAAAAUUCAGUCUAUUCCGAAUCCAAGCAAAGCCGUUGCUCUGCCGAAUCGGACAGAAAAACUGACCAUUACAACAUGAAAAGUACUUCAACAUUCAACACAAGCAAUGGCACUGAUUAUACCGAUGAAUCAUGCCUCAGAACUCAGGCUUAUGAUCGCCAUGCCCAAUCUCCACGGUGCGAAAGUUCACGGGACUCCCAUAAGUUUGAGGAAGAGCAGCGGAUGACAGAUUGCAGUAGGCAAUCUCAUAAGAGGGGUACAGACGCUGCUAGUCAUUUAGGGUCUUCGAAUUAUUCCUGCCCAUCCCCCUGCCCCAUUCCACUUGUUCCCAGGACGAAUAGCAGCUGUCACGGUGCACCAACGAAUGAAAAUUCUUUGCAUGGAGACGCCAUGGAGAGUUGCGGAACAGCAAAGACCAGAGGCAUGAAGAGGCCUGCAAAUUCUUGCAGUGGUUCUUCCAUGUCUGGCACUCCCUCCGCGGCAUGCUCGUUGGAUGACGGUCAAAAUGAAAACUCUGCCUGCAACUGUGUGGAUAUUGAGAGCUUCCUCGCAAAUUGCAAGAAACACCCGGCACAAUGCUGCGAUCCAUGUGAGGGCUGCUGUCCCGUAUUCUCACCUCCUUACAUGAGACCCUGCGCACCUUCUUGCAGCCCCCCAGAGCCCCCCUGCAUCAGCAACGAAUGCUUCUGCAUGGGCUAUGUGCAUGAUAUGCUGGAGGAUCGAUCCGUCUACGCUGUAUCCUAUCGGCCGGUUAUGUGUUGCGGCAACAAUUUCAAACAUUCUUCCAAUGGGAAUAGUUGCCUCUGCUCAGACCUGCCGCUGGGCGGUGGUUGCGGACCCUGCAGCAAUGUCUGUCCCCCCAGUCCAUGUUGCUUUUCAGCGGAAUCGCCCUCAUGCUGCGGUGCCUCUUGUCCGGGUGUCUGUCCACCCGCUUGCGGCGGUUGUCCGGUAAGCUGCUUGUAUCCACUGGCACGACUCAGUCCGGGCUAUUGUAACUCCUAUCCCUGUGGUGGAUGCAAUGCAUAUUGCAUUUAACAGGCAUCGCUUCAUGGCUCUCUAGAGUCCAGAUUGUGGCAGCGAAUCCCCUCUUGUUAUGGAAAGAUAUAGAAUACCUAUGGCAAUGAAAGCGUUUUAUAGAUACUUAGACUUAAACGGAAAUAAUGGUACACACGUCCGGGAAUAUAAUGCCGUUUAUAUCAAUGUUGUUUCGGAUAUGGAUUCCAUGUAGGCGUUCCUCAUUAUCUUGAGGGAAGAGUGCUCCCAGGAAACAAAGUCUUAGUUUUCCUAGAGGCAUUCUUUGCAUACAUACUUUCCAUCGCCGGACUGUCUCCAGUCUUCCUUGUCCGAAAAAUCAUGGGCCAUCUCCUGCUACUUCCAGGCAAUUCAAGAUUUACAUCCUACAGCAGAGUUCAACAUGUAAAUAUCCCAUUUCUACCGCAUAAUAAAUUCACAAAUAACAAAUCUCA